AGUUCGGAGUUUGCUCAUCACUCGUCGUCAUCCCUGCCGAGCUUCAAACAUGGCGAUUUGUGCGGUAAAUUCGGCGAGUCGCGCCCCGUCGGGAUGUUUUUACAUCGCGUUCGCAUAGUGAGUGACGUUUGUUGACGCGGUCUCGAAUGCAACUUGAGGCCUGUGCGAUAUUAUUGAUACGUUAGAGAAAAAAGAGAGACAUCGAGCACAUGACGGAUGCAAUAACGCAACGCGCUGCGAUGUCCGUGAGCUACGCUAGGAUGAAAUCUUGUCACGAAGUCUUGUCGUCGUCGUCGUCGACAUCGUCGACAUCGACGACGUUGAACAACGCGAUCAGACGUGCUGGCGAUGAGGAGGAUUGGCAAAUGCAAUUGGCGUUUUGUAAACCUCGUCACAAUACCACGAUCGAGAGCGUGAAUUGCAUCAGUCAAACUUGGCGGAUGAAGGAACGGAUGAAAACCGUGAGCGUCGCUUUGGUGUUAUGUCUGAACGUCGGCGUAGAUCCUCCGGACAUCGUCAAGACACAGCCUUGCGCUCGUCUCGAAUGCUGGAUAGAUCCUUUAUCAGUGAGUCCACAAAAAGCUCUUGAGACAAUAGGUUCAAAUUUGCAAAAGCAAUACGAACGAUGGCAACCAAGAGCUCGCUACAAACAAAGUUUAGAUCCAACUGUUGAAGAAGUUAAAAAAUUAUGUACAUCCUUAAGGCGAAAUGCUAAAGAAGAGAGAGUUUUGUUUCAUUACAAUGGCCAUGGUGUGCCCAAACCUACCACUAAUGGUGAAAUAUGGGUAUUUAAUAGGACAUAUACACAGUACAUUCCAUUGUCAGUGUAUGACUUACAGACUUGGAUGGGUGCACCUAGUAUUUAUGUAUAUGAUUGUUCCAAUGCAGGCAUUAUUGUAGAAUCUUUUCAGCAAUUUGCCGACCAACAUGAAAAGGAAUAUGAGAUGGAAAAACAGCAAAAUCGCGUAACUGGUAUGGCGUGUCCCACAGCACCGUGUUAUAAAAAUUGCAUUCAAUUAGCAGCGUGCGCUGCUAAUCAAAUUUUACCUAUGAACCCGAAUUUACCUGCAGAUAUAUUUACAUCAUGCCUUACUACGCCUAUAAAAAUUGCAAUACGUUGGUUUGCGAUGCAACCUACAUCUAAAUUAGUUCCCAACAUAUCGCUUGAUCUUAUUGACAAAAUUCCUGGCCAGUUGACCGAUAGGAGAACAAUGUUAGGCGAGCUUAAUUGGGUAUUUACAGCUAUUACCGAUACAAUAGCAUGGAAUACUCUGCCAAGAGAUCUGUUUCAAAGAUUAUUCAGGCAAGAUCUAUUAGUUGCUAGUCUCUUUAGAAAUUUUUUACUGGCGGAAAGAAUACUACGUUCUUAUGAUUGCACGCCAGUCUCUUCCCCAAAAUUGCCACCAACUUAUCAGCACCGUAUGUGGCAAGCUUGGGAUAUGGCGCUUGAUCUAUGUUUGGCACAAUUACCAACAGUCUUGGAAAACGAAGAUCGAUAUGUGCAUUCAUCUUUCUUCGAAGAUCAACUUACAGCUUUUCAAGUAUGGCUCAACUUGGGGUCGAAAAAUCGCAGUCCGCCCGAGCAGCUUCCAAUUGUUCUCCAAGUAUUAUUGAGUCAAGUUCAUAGACUGAGAGCAUUAGAGCUCUUGGGACGUUUUCUUGAUCUCGGUCCAUGGGCUGUGAAUCUAGCACUUAGUGUCGGCAUCUUUCCAUAUGUGUUAAAGUUAUUACAAAGUAACGCCAGGGAACUUCGCCCAUUACUCGUCUUCAUAUGGGCAAAGAUUCUAGCAGUCGAUAAUACUUGCCAAGCAGAUCUUGUACGCGAUGGCGGCCAUAAAUAUUUCUUGUCUGUCCUUCAAGAUACUUCUAUUCCGAGCGAGCACAGAACAUUGGCCGCAUUUGUAUUAGCCAGUAUUGUAAAUGAUUAUCGACCAGGUCAAGUGGCCGCGAAUCAAGGUAAUCUCGUUUCGAUAUGCUUGGAACAAUUGGGCGACACAAACUCUUUGCUACGACAGUGGCUUUGCUUGUGUCUGGCUAGACUUUGGCAUAAUUUCGACAAAGCAAGAUGGUGUGGCGUCAGAGAUAUCGCUCAUGAAAAACUAUUUACGUUAUUAAAGGAUCCCGUUCCAGAGGUGCGAGCAGCUAGCGUGUAUGCAUUGGGUACUUUCAUAAACAGCGUUACAACCAGGAGCGAGCAUGCAAAUAAUAUCGAUCAAAUUAUUGCCAUGAUGCUUAUUAAUACCGUUUCUCAUGAUAUGUGUCCACUAGUUAGAAAAGAAUUAGUAGUGGCUCUUCAAUGGAUGGUACUGCAUUUCGAAAACUCUUUCGUGACAUUAGCUAUAGCUGAGGAGAAUAGUCGGAAGGAUCUUGUUGUAGAAACUUUGUCUCCAUUCAGUGGUAUGAGGCGCAUCAGUUCGCGCGAUAGAUUAAAGAUGUUGUCGCCUAAUAAUACAUAUACAGUAGAUACGACCGAUGGUUUUGGAGCGCAAGAUCGCAUUAAAAGAGUAUCGUCUUCAUCAUCUAUUAGCAGUUUAGGUAAUAAUUGGGAGUUCGUGAGGAAACCUUGCGAGUCACUUGGUCACAGUUCUCUUGGAAAUUUACCGAGUCUCUCCUACGGUAGUGUGUAUAUGAAAUUAUGGCAUGGAUUGUGCAAUCUUGACAAUGAUCCUCAUCCAGCUGUCGGCGUUAUGUCACAAAAAAUCACCAAUCAUAUUCGUAAUAAGGUAAAGGCAUCUUCCGCUCCUAAAGAAGUAGCCGAAACAAAAAUCUCAUCAUCGUUAUCUCUUCCGCCAUCUCCGUCAAAUCGAACUGGUUAUUUAAGCAAAGGCGAGUCACCACCGGCUGUCAACUCUGGACCAGAUUUACUGCGUUCUUCGAGAGUUCUACCACACAGUAGUCGUACGAGAAAACCUGUUCCUAACACAAUAUCUGAAGAGGCGGACGAGAUAUCUGGAGCCAAGACCCCGUUGACCACUUCUCAGUUUGUCGAAUGGAGUUGUGCUCAGUUCGCUCAGCCUGUUGGUUUAGAAGAUGAAAUGGACGAUGUGGAGAGCAGACCGUACCUUGAGCGAGAAUGGCGAUUUAUACGUAACGCAAAGCAGAGGCAAGACGCGAAAGAGGAACAAUUUCGCGCGCCGCAAAGUAAAAUGGAAUCGCAGGUGUAUCAUGCGAGAUGUCCUCAGUCACCUCAGGUCCUGGUUUUCCAUCCAUUCGAGCCUCAUUUGGCUGUAGCGUUGAAAGAUUGCUUUGGGAUAUGGGAUUAUCAGAACGGUACAAAGUUGACUUUUUGCGCAAGCCGCGGAAGCAAAACGAAAUCGCGCAUUACGGCACUCGAGUUUAUCAACUCUCACGAUUUGAGUCUGCUGAUGGCGGGCUCCGAUGAUGGUUCCGUGCGAAUUUGGAAAAAUUAUAGCGGCACGAUAAGCCGCGAUCCGAUUUUACUUACAGCUUGGCAAGCUUUGGCGGACGUGCAACCUGCGACCAAGACUUCCAAUGCUACGGCACAAUUGGUCACGAAGUGGGAGCAAAGGUCUCUCACUCUAGCAGUGACGGGCGAUGUUCGCAUCGUGAGACUUUGGGACGCGGAGACCGAAUUAAAGAAGCAAGAUAUUCCAACGGGCGCUGAUUGUUGCGUUACCUGCAUGGACGUUGACGGCACAGGUGCAAUAAUGGCGCUAGGCUGUGGUGAUGGAUCGGUGCGGCUUUUGGAUCGGAGAUUACCUCCUGCGGAAGCGAGAGUUAUGAUUUGGAGAGAACAUACGGCUUGGCUAUUGGGCACAUUCUUAAGACAAUCCGAAGGAUCCGCGCCGCAAUUAUUUACGGGCUCAUCUUCGGGCGACAUAAAGAUCUUUGAUCUUAGAAAAAAUUCUUCCGUGAACACGAUUCAGAUAACGCCAGGCAUUGUGGCAUUAACAGUGCACGAAAUAGCUGAUGUUUUCGCUUGCGGCACCACAAAUCACUGCAUUAGUGUCUACAAUAUAUCGGGUCAACAUCUUAAUACGAUAAAAUUCCAUGAGGGAUUCAUGGGUACACGCCUCAGUCCUGUAAGUUGUUUGAGCUUUCACCAGUAUCGCGUGACCAUGGCGGCCGGUUUCGUGGACAGCACUUUCACGUUAUACGAGCCACGCAGAUGACUAUUAGAGACGGAACUCAUGUAAGAUCUUUGUAGAAUUUUGUAAAUUUAUAGACACAUAUUCUUGCACGCAUUACGGUAUUAUUGACGAAUUAGGGCUUUUGCUCUUUUCUAUAUUUUCCCCCCGCGUAUACGCGAAAAAACAACAGGAUGGUUCCUAUGACUACGAUUACAGAAUAGCCUUUUCCUUUUUUUCAUUAUUUCUUCUCGCUAAGAGAUAUACGAUCCUUGCCUAUUUACUAUUUUGAAUAAAAGAUAGAGAAAAAGGAGAAUUGUGCGUAGCUUUUGUGAUAAAAUUGAGCGAAUGUGGGGGGAUUAACCAAAGUUAGUUUUGAAGUGACCAAAGAACAGUCUAAACGAUUAAUUAUUUUUUUGAUGUGAUUUUGGUGUAAGAUAGAGACUGUUGAAGGAACUUUGGUAUCAAGGCAGAUGCCAAUGCAUAAUAAUACGUGUACGUACAUUGUGAUAAAAGGUUAAUGCGAGUUUGUUUAUGCGAGAAUAGCCGACAGAGUAACGUUUAUAAUGUUUAUAACGCGAAAGCUUUAUGACCUGCAUCGAUAAAAUAAUCUCAAUUAUUGUGCCAUGCAAUUCCCGCUUCAGGAUUAAACUGUAUUCAAAUACAGAUCUAUCUAUAGGUAAUGGAAAUAUUUUAAUUACCGAAUCGAUUACGAUGUGGCUGUGUAAAUACGUGACUCGCAUUAUACGCAUUUUUAUAAGUUACACGGAUGGCAGUCGAUGUUAGAGUUCAUAUUUUUCUCUAGUGUUCUUUGACAUUAUCGAUUUUUUUAAAUAUUUUCUAUUAUCUCAUAUUCUAUAUUCUUGACCAGUUGUAUAGAUUUAUUUCGAAAAAUUUUAAUCAUUAAUAAUGUCCAGAAAUUUAACGCAUAAAUAAGAGUAAUUUCUUAAACGAUAAGAUUUAAUGAAAAUUGAUGUAAAUUUUUAUGUAACACUUCUAGAUAUUAUGUUUAAUAUCUCUCUAGAUAUUAUGUUUAAUAUCUCUCUAGAUAUUAUGUUUAAUAUUUAGAUUUUAUUUCGUGCAGCAAUAUUAUUAAAUUGCUUGAAGUGCAAUAUUCAUGGAUCAAUGAUACAUACAGAAAACUUUCCAUAAAUAUUUACGUGAAACUGAAAAAAUGCAAAUUUCCAUACAAUGAAGAAAGAGAGAGAGAAAGAUGAUACUUUUGUACAUAAAUAUACACCUUCCUAGGAUUUAUUAUUUAUAUAACUUUAUAAAAAUGGAUUUUUUUGUAUUCAUAUUACACGAUUACAACGAAAGUUAUCUUGCUAGUUUAGAUUCUUACUUCUCAAUAACUAAUGAAAUAGUCUAAUCAUGUUAUAUAUCUGUUAAAAUUUAUGUAAAAAAUAUAUUUAGGGACUAUCGCGUCUUUGCGUUAAACGACAUAUUUGAGAAUAUAUAACUUAAAAUAUUAAUGAUUACAUUCGAAAUGGCAAUAGUGUAAUUAUGUUGUUCAAGAUAAUAUUGACUAUUAUAUAUAUAUUGAAUUGUGUAAACAACACGAUUACUUACAUUAUUUAAUUUAUGGACUUGUUUCAUUCCGUUCGCGGUUGCGCCACUGCCGCUUUCGCUUGUACGUAAAGCACAUAAUAUCCGCCAAUAUUUGCGUAGAUGGAGAGCAAUCUAAAUGGAAAGCUUUAUGGUGCAUAAUAUAAAGAAUAUAUAAAGGAUAAAGUACAUUACCUAGAAUUAAUGAAAAUAGAACACGUUGAUGUUACACGAUUGAGAAACGUUUUUAUUAUUAUGUAAUGAUAGAUAUAUUGUAAAUAUGCGUAAAUAUAUAUAAUAUGCGCGCCAGAUGAUGGAGGAGAAGAUGCGAGAAGUGCAGAUAACUUUAUCUCUUUGUAUUAUAUGAUAGUUUUAUUGACAUAUACGCACAUGCUAAUUUAGAUAUGCACGAUAAAUCAAUUGAUGGGGAUUAACGGAUGCGUAUGGUAAGAGUUUCGCCAAUUACAGAUUUGUACAGAUUACAUACAGAUAUAAACGCGCAGUGUUAGAUGUACUUAAACGUCUUUGUCGAUUGUGGAAACCAUAUAACUUUUUUCUCUUUCUAAAGUGAUUUGUUUUGUUCCAUAUUUUAGGAUAUAUGUUAUUCAACAAUUAUACAAUUAUUUCGGUUAUCAUUAAUGUCAUUGUACCUAUUGGAUCUCCUUUUCAACAUCGUCUCUGCUAAUAAUAAAUAAUUUUCAUUUUACGAGCUGUUUUUUAACUCUCUAUGACGUUGUACAUUUAGACAAAAAAACGAUUGAGAGAACAAAUGGAAUAAAUAAUGCUUUAUUCAUAAAAUCUAAUAUUUUGAAGACAUUAUUUUUAUGGUAUAUAAAGAGUAAACUAAUAAUAUCGCUAUAGAAAAUACAAAAAAUAUCUUAGGGAAAAAUAUUUAAUGUUUCCUAGACAACGAAAAAAAUUGAUUUAAAAAUUUCACUAUAAAAAUUUAAUUAUACAAUAGUUUUAGUUGAGUUUUUAGCUUUAAAUUUUCAAGGGAAGAAGCGAAUCAAUGUGAAUACGAAAUUAGAAUAAACAAUUCAAACUUGGCGCUAUUAUAAAUUAUAAAUUACAUUGCAGCUAUAAUAACCAAAAACAUAAUUUCCAUUUAUUUUUUACCUUGAAUCGCUAUUAAAAAUUGGAUUGUCCACUUUUGUCUGAUAUAAAUAUUGUCGUUUUUUUCUCUUUAAUUCUUUAAUUAUUAUUAUUUAUAUUUAUAUAAAAUGUAUAUAAAAAAUUUUAACUUAAAAACGUAGAUUAUAACACAAUUAUAACACAAUUUAUAUUUUGCGCUUUACAUUAUUUACAUUAUUCAUUAUUACGUUUAAAAAAUAGCAUUCGUAUUUUUUUUUAUAAGAAAUGAUAUGAUAUUUUCUGCUUGAAUAUAUUUUGUACUUAGAUAAUCAAAGACAAGUAAUAGAGAUAAAAAAAAAAAAAAUCGCACAGAGCAAACAUGCUUACACAUGCUUGAGAUUAUAUUAGGCAAACCUGAAAUGCGACUUUUAGAAAAUUUAUUAUAAACUAUUCUGAUCGUGCGUAUAUUGAUAUUUUGAUUUCUUAAGCUUCCAAAGUGGAUUGCGAAAAAUCAAUUGCGAUUAUAAAAUGCAACUGAAAAACAUAUUGAUUUAAUAAAAAAAAAAAUAUAUAUAUUUCGUUGCAUGGGACGAAUCGAUUCUGAAGAAGAUAGUUUUCAAUAGUCCGAAAGGACAGUUUCCCGUACGUCCGUAGAAACGGAUUCAUUGGAAAUUCCGAUCGGAAGAUAGUUCUUUCUCUCUCUCUCUCUCUCUCUCUCUCUCUCUCUUCUGUGCUAUAUGUAUAUAAUUCGAGAGAGAUUUCUCGCGCCGCUAUUAUACCGUUAGCGCUAGCAAUAACAGUCGCCGACGAAGCGUUUUGGGGAAUAAUAGGCGAACACACACGAAGUAUUACUACUUUGUGCUGUAUGCUACAUUGUACAUUCAUGUAAUUAUGUAUGUAAUUGCCUUGUGGUAAAAUACAAUACGCGCGAUGUCACGUUAUACGCUGAUCUUGUGUAAAUAUUAUUAGAUUCAUAAACUAAAAUUCUUUCUUUUUCUUCAACGUUCUUACUUUCUGUAUCAUAUCCUUAAUUGUUAUAUUCUAUUAUCCCAAGUGAAUAAUUGCAAUAUUUAUAAGACCUCUAUUAUUAUCUUAUUCAU